UUGACCUGGUUGUUGCAUUCCAAAGAGGCUCGUCCUGCAGCAGCAUCACAGCCAGCCCUGCACUCACGCUGCUUUUGUGUUACAGAGAAACGAUGUAUGUUGAGCUAGCUUAGACAAGGCACUGGACACAGUAGCGAAAAUUAUCAGAGACGAACAGACACCAUAGCAUCGUCCCGAGUUAAAAGGAACGUCUUGUUCUGGGUCUACCACACAGUUAACCUAGUACGUAGUUAGCCAUUUUGCUAAGCAGCUAAACCGCCAUCGUAUUAAGGUUGCUUUGUAGACACACAGCAGGCUAGCCGCAGACACCAGCGCCGAGGAAAUGAAGGACAAACAAAAGAGAAAGAAGGAGCGGACCUGGGCUGAGGCAGCUCGCAUGGUUUUGGAGAACUUCUCAGAUGCACCCAUGACUCCUAAACAAAUCCUCCAUGUCAUCCAGACCAAGGGUCUGAAGGAAAUGCGGAGCGGUACAGCUCCUUUGGCCUGCCUGGUCACCAUGUUGCACUCCCAGGUGAGAGGAGACCGGGUCAAGAACAGCAUCUUCUUCAAGCUGCCUGGACGGAUGAGCCUGUUCACUCUCAAGAAGAACGCCCUCCAGUGGACGAAGACAACAUCAGAGUCAGAGUCACCAACAGAGCCAGCCAGCAGCACUGUCCCCCCAGCUCCCAGCAGCAGCACCCCUGCAGCAGGCAUGGUUGUGGCCCCGGUCGGCCCCACUGAGGCCACUGAGCAAGAAAGCUGCGACUCCACCGAGACCACCGCUGCUGCCAGUGGAGACAAUGACGCCUCGGUGGACGAGAGCUCGUCCAGUGCCUCCUGCUCCACAGAACUGCAGGCUCCCAGCACCCAGCCCCAGACCCGCCUCAGCAGGGCAGCAGGACAGCAGGGACGCACAGACACACAGCAGGCCCAACAUGUUCAGCACACCCAGACCAGACUGAGCCGCUCAAGACAGUCAGGAAGGCAGAGGAAAAAAGCAGUCAUGAUGCCUCGUGUUGUCCUCACCCCUCUUAAAGUGAAUGGAGAGCACGUCCCCUCAGGGCCUAUGAAGAGGAGUCGAGGAGGGGUGGAUGUAGACUUUGAAACACCUGGCUCCAUCCUGGUCAACACCAACAUCAGAGCCCUCAUCAACGUGCGGACCUUCUCAGCCUUCCCCACACACUCACAGCAACAGCUGCUGCAGCUGCUGCCAGAGGUGGACCGACAGAUUGGACCAGAUGGGAUGGCCAGACUAAGCAGCUCAGCUCUCAACAAUGAGUUCUUCACCCAUGCCUCCCAGAGCUGGAAAGAGAGGCUGGCUGAGGGUGAGUUCACCCAUGAGAUGCAGGUGCGUUUCCGGCAGGAAAUGGAGAAAGAGAAGAAGGUGGAGGCGUGGAAGGAAAAGUUUUUUGAAGAGUACCAUGGGCAAAAGUCUGGCCUGACACAAGAAGAGUCCUUAAAGCUUACCAUGAGUGAAGCCAAUGAAGUUGCAGCCAGUGUGCUGGACAGUGAUGUGGCUGUGGUUGCAACUGGUGCCCCCAAAAGACGCAGUGUGGGUCGGCGUAGGAGAGACGGCAGAAUGCGGAGACGCACGCGAGCUGACCUGCGUCGGAGGGCCCGUCGUACCCUCUGCAAGGCCACUUCUCCAGCUCUGCAGUCUGCAGAAGCAGCUGAGGCCAGCACUGCGCUGGACAUCUCAGCGGUCUCUCUUGGAUCUCCCAUGUCCGACAACACGGUGGUUCAAGGCGAGGUGGUGCUGCAGGCAGAGUGUGGCGUGGAGCUCCCAGCUGAGAGUGCCGCCAUAGAGCCAAAGCCUUCUCCCACUCCAGAGCCAGUCACACUGCCAGCCUCCACUCCUACUCCCACUCCCAGCCCCAGCCCAGCCUCCACCAGCGCAAAUGAAGAGCCCGAAGCUGUGGCCCGCCUGCUCCCAGAGGAGGCUGCACCUGCACUGGCUUCCACCUCCUCACCUUCCUCCUCCUCCUCCUCCUCCUCCUCCUCCUCCUCCUCCUCUUCUUCGUCUGCCUCAUCGCCUGUCUCCUCACCCUCCUCACCUUCUGAUAGACAGGGAGCUUUUGCUGCAGGACUGGACUCUUCGUCAUCCUCCUCAGCUUCCUCCAGUGCUGCAGUAGCUGCUGACCCCCUGGAUGACACCGCCUCCGUGGUCACCUCCAUCACAGGGGGCACCACCACCAGCAGCCGUGAGAGUAGCCCCUCAGCCAGCCCAGCCACCACCCCUGUACCCAGUGCUCAGCUCAAGGAGCAGAAAAGAAGGCCAGAUGAGACUCAGGCCUUCUCCAGCUUCCCCGAAAAGAGGCCGCGGCUUGACGACCGUCAGUCCUUUCGUACCACAAUUGACAGUGUCCGUUCGGAGAAGCCGCAGCCGACUACAGAAGAGCCCAAGGUGCCGCCUAUCAGGAUUCAACUGUCCAGAAUCAAACCCCCCUGGGUCAAAGGUCACCCCACCUACCAGAUCUGUCCCCGGAUCGUGCCCCCCGGCGAGGGCUCGCGGCGGUCGGGGACGGGGGGCGCGCGUACCCUGGCGGACAUCAAAGCCCGUGCCCAGCAAGCCCGUGCCCAGCGCGAGGCCGCUGCUGCUGUUGCAGCCACUGGCGACAGGGCAGAGCCGGCCGGGGUCAGGCUGCGGCCUGCUGCUGGGCUACAGGAUAGCAGCAAUGGACGACGAGCACGAGAACAUCCAGGACCUAUCGAGCCAGGAGGAGGAGGAGGAGGAGGAAAUGGAAGUGGAAGAAGGGGAGGUGGUGGGAUGGAGGAGCAGGGAUCGUCUUCAGGCACUAAUUCGACUGGAACACAACUACAGCUUCUCAAUGUAGAGCCUACGCCCCAACCACCCCCCUCCUUGUCCACUACGUCAACCUUUAUUUCCCUGGAGCCCCCGCAGACCCCAAGCCCUCCUCAAGAGGAGGCAGCUGGGAGGCCUGAGACUGGAGAGGAUGUAGAAGCAACAUCAGCCAGUGUUCAGAGCUCGUCUACUGGUAUCACAGAAAAGGCAGCUGAUUCAUGCUCUUUAAAGUCUGAGGUGCCUGAGCCUGUUGCUGCCUCCUCAGAGAUGGCUCACCAGGGUUGUGAAAAACCCUUACUGGCACCGACCUCCAUUCCAGAUUCCCUUCCCAGGUUUGGGGCUCAGGGUGUGGAUGUGAUUCAGACGCUAGCCAGCUCCUGUCAGCCCAAAGAUCAGGUCCAAGGGAAGGAGGCUGCAUUGGGUGGUGUAAUCCAACAUGGCUCCCACCACGUGGAACCCCAGGAGGUGUUUUCUCACUCAGCUGCAGAGAGACGGCAAACAGACGUAUCCUCUCCCCAACAAGCAGACUCCUUUGGCGGAGAGAAAGACGAUGAGGCUGCGACACAUAGUGAUUCCACAGAAACAGCCUCUGACUGUGAGAAUGACAUCCAGGAGGAUGAGCAGCCACAGCCUGACCAGGACUGGUGUGCUCAACUGAACAUUCAGCGAAACGGCCAGCUGGUCAUCUGUAGCCCUCCUCCUCAGAACCAAAAGCCAGUCAUCCAGGCCCGCAUGUCCAGCCGCCAAGGUCAGACUGUCAUUCAGCCUUGCUUUCCCAAGGGCCUGCCUCACCCUCAGCACAGCGAUCUUCAGUCUCUCCCCCCAGUCCAGCUGCAGGGGAUCAGGGACAACAACACUGUGGUCAAAGUGGAGCCUGGAGAUGAUUGUAGAGGCUCCAGACAGAGCUCGACUGAAGAGGACUGCCGUGGAGGAUUAAAGCCGUCUGUCACACAUCCAGUUGCUUCAGCUGCCUCCAAGAGAGUGGCCAGCUCCAUCAGACCAGUGUCCAGUGUGGAGGCCAACAACCCUUUGGUCACUCAGCUGCUACAGGGCAGCCUGCCUCUGGAGAAAGUUCUACCCUCGCACUCUGCCAACAGGCUGGAGAUCAGCCGAUUGCCAGGACCCCAACCCAGGCCACCAGUGGCACGGACCCAAGGGCCUCGUCACAGGCCUGAGGUCUUAGCACAGUCUCCUAGCCCCGAACUGAGUGCAGCCUCACAGAUACACAGCAAGUCUCCAGCAGGUCACCCAGUCUCCUGUCUGAUGGAGGCCCCGGCUGCAUCACAGUAUCAGUCUCAGCAGGCCCCCGGGGCUGUCCCGGUCAUCACCUCUCUGCCCACCUCCUCAUCCUCCUCCAGUUCUUUGUCCUUUAGAAGUAAGUCAGACCUUAGCUCUCAGCCCCCUGUGGGCUCUGCAGUUAUAAAAGACUCUCAUGGUCCUCAGCCCCCUCAGGGGGUCACUCCAGACAGGCCCCAGACAGCCCACCGAACCAUGCCUAAUGGCCCCUCUCCUCCACAUGCAGACCCCUGUCCCACCGAGGUGGUGCCUACCAUUAAGAUUAACUGGCGCCCUCCCCAGUCUCAUCUCCCCCACUCUCACCAACAGCAGCUGUCUCCUGCAUCCACCGUAAAGAAUGAAGGCAGUGUGCGGCCCACGUGCCAGGCCCUUGCCAAAUCAUCCCCCAUUAAACCCAUGAGUGUUACCAAAAAGGAGCCUGGGAGCUCUACGGACGGCUACCUGAGCGGAGGGGCCAUGGAGGGACUCCUCAACAUGGAGAUGACUUUAGCCAGGAUGACAAAGAAGGAACACAGCAAAGCUACCUAUUCCUCUGGCUCUCCCUCCUCCUCCUCCUCCCCCUCUCCCUCCUCCUCUGCCUCCACCCUUCCCUUCCAGCUGUAUGGGAAACUCCCCAAGCAUGGUGGCAUCGGAGGGGUGAGCUACACAGCCAAUGUGUCAGUGAUGGACAGCGGCAGUUUCUCCCGGAGCAUGGCUGACAGUGUGCUCCAGCUGCGCCCACGCAUGGCCUCCAGCCAGACCACCCUCAGCAUCCAGGCCUUUACUGACAGUACAGCUGAGGAGGUGGCUCUCAAGUGCUCGUGCCGCCUCAAAGCCAUGAUCAUGUGCCAAGGCUGCGGUGCAUUCUGCCAUGACGAUUGCAUCGGGCCCUCCAAACUGUGCGUGUCUUGUCUGGUGGUCAGAUAGUAUGUUGAAGUCCCUGUGCACUUUAGAACUGCUAUCUGGACUGGGAGGCUCCAGAGUGUACAGAAGCCUGAUUAACGUAGAGCACACAGGAGGAGCCUGACAGGCAAGAUUUGCCUUGUAUAAUAUGACUGGUCUGUAUUUUUGUUGUUGCAGAUUUUCUGAUUUUUUUUUAUUUUAUUAUUUUUUUUAGCUGUACUUAUAUAUUAUUAUUAUGGUUAUUGUUGUUAUUAAUAUUAAUUAUUAUUAUUAUUGUGACUUUGGGGCAUGGUUGAUUGUAACUUGUGCCUUUUUUGUUUUCUUUCCUCAAAAACAUUUACCUCAUCUUAUCUUGCACCACCUGUCAUCAUUUGGUGGCCAUCAUUGUUUUGGUCCUUCGUCUGCUUAGUGGACAGGGACUUAUUGUUGUCUUUUUGCGCAAAGAAGUAUUUUUUUAACCAUUAAAAUGAGUAAAUGACAUUGUUUCAUUGGUUUGUGUUUUGCCUCAUUUCAUGGUUCCCUUUAACUCCUGUCUGUAAAGUACAAUGAACAAAUAAAGUGAUCAUUGAAAGGU